AUGGCGGACGUCGCCGCCGUGGAGGAGACCGUGAAGCGGCUGUCCUCGCACAAAGGCGUGGUGGGGAUCGUGAUUGCCAAUGGCGACGGCGUGCCUAUCCGCACCACCCUGGACCAGGAGCUGGCGGUGCAGUAUGCGGCCCUGGUGUCGCAGCUGGCCAUCAAGGCGCGGCACAUGGUGCGGGAGCUGGCGGAGGACGGCACCGACGACCUGCAGUUCCUGCGCGUGCGCAGCAAGAAGCACGAGAUCAUGGUGGCGCCAGGCUUUGACCGGGACCACAACUACACGCUGCUGGUGGUGCAGGCCCCCGAGGCCAACUGA